AUGACGGGAAAAGCGAAGCCGAAGAAGCACACGGCGAAAGAAAUCCAGGCGAAAGUGGACGCGGCCACGACCAAUAGAGGCGGCGGCAAGGCCGGAGUUGCUGAUCGGACCGGUCAGGAGAAGGGAGGCCACGCUAAGUUCGAAUGCCCUCUCUGCAAGAUCACCGUACCGGAUGUUAAAACGAUGCAGAUCCACCAUGAAUCGAAGCACCCCAAGCUUCCGUAUGAUGAAUCAAAGAUAACUAACCUCCAUGCCGUGCUCGCACCCGUCGCGGAUACAUCCAAGGGUCGCCCUGGUGUUCGUGGUAGUCUCAAGAAGUGA